GCGUUUAGUCACAGAGUACGGGACAGUGAUCGGACUGUAAUUUAAAUGUUAUCAUACAAUCGCUUUUACUUUUAAUGUGUAGGUAUCUAGUUCUUUAAAAAUUUUGUGCGAAUUAGUUUUGUUAAAAGCCGGUAAAUAAUGGCGACGGAGCUGGAGAAAUUGCUGUUCCUUCUGAAAGGGUGCAUCGAUUCGCAACAUGCCGCCAAGGCAAAGGAAUGCAUCCUGACCAUCUCGGAUCUGAUCAUCGGCGGAGAUGGGCAAAAUUCCGCCGAAUCUGAAUACUACCUGGACACCCUAGUUAACUCCUCGAACGGAGCGCUUGUGUUCCUUCAGCGUUCCAUCAAAGCCUCCGGCCGGUUCCAGAAAGCCAACGAGGAGAUUUUCGAUUUGCUAAGAAAGCUGAUCCAGAAGCACAGUCACCUCGUUCGAAAGUCAGUCGAAAAGAUCGUCCGUGAGUGCAUCCGCUACGUUCAGUCGUCGUCGGCCAGUGCCCGGGAGCGGGAACUGGCCACGGCCGUCAUACAGGACCUGUUGGUUUACAAAUGUCUGGACGAAAACUAUGACAUGCCGCAGCUGCUGGGCGACCUGUUGGGUGUGUUCGAUCAGCGAAAGCUAACCAACCGCUUCCAGCAGAGCCUGUUCGAGCUGAUCGGACUGAUGGCUAAAGAGUUUCCGGAGUGCGUGAACGAUGCCCGGCAGCGACGUAUUCUGGACAUCAUGAUGAGCGUUGCCGAGGGUCAACUGCUGGAGGAGAGCUAUCCUUCGUUGAUUUCGCUGGCCGGGGCACUGCAGGGGUUGAACUACUUUCUGGUCAACUUUGCUCCGUCCGCCGGGCUGGGUGAUUCGCCGGCGGAGACGACGCCGAAGGAGGACGACCUGUGCCGGCGGAUUUACGUGAUCGUUAAGAAGCUGUCGGAUUGGGACGAGGCGGUCAAGGAGAGGCUGGCGUUCAGAAAUGCCCUCCUGCUUCUCGAACGACACAGCUCCCUGUUCUCGCGGUUCCUCUAUGUGGACUACGUCCACUGGCAGACCAUUCUUACCACCAAAUGGAUCCGGUCCGGCAUCGAAGAUCGGAAGGUGGGGAUCUACGCCUUACAUUCUUUCCACCGUGAAAUCGCUCGGGAGCUGCUGGCUCGGGAGGAGGCGCCCGAAUCAUCGUCGUCCAGCGAAAGCCGCGAGACACGGAUUGCGAUGCUGAACUAUUUCAUGAAGUAUUUUAAGGCCACCCUCGUGGCGGCCGGGUCGAAGCCCUACGAGAUACGGAUCGCUAUUCGUGGUUUUGGUUCGAUGGCCGGUGCCUGCAGUCGUCUAAUGUCCGAGGAGUACAUGAACGAACUGCUACUGUUGGUGAUGCAGAGGACCGAGUUUGUGUACCUGGUGGAAGACAAAACGAACGAACUGUUGGAACAUUUGCCGGAUUUCGUGCAGGCCCUUUCCGAUAUUAUGAGCCACGUGCGAGAGUUGACCGGGGUGCAGAUCGUAGCGCUACAGAAUAUUAUCAUUGGCUUGAUCAAGGAUUUUCAUUAUUUGAGCAGUUCGUACCAUGAGCUGAUCGUGAGUUCUCUGAUGAAAACCUUCGAUAAUCUAGGUAGGUUGGGUGGAGGGGUCCUGGACAGCUUGUUAGAUAAGAUCGUUAUGAGGGGUAUUAUCUGGAGUUGCUCGCACAUGUUGGUUAUCGAUGUGAAUCAGGGUAGAGGACCGGAAGAGAAUUCAAACUGGAAAGAUUACAUAACCUACCGAAACUAUCUACCGCUGUGGCGAGGGUUGCUCACGCCGGGCUCUAGUUUGAAUCUGGAUAGAGGCCCGUUGAUGAAGGCAAUCUACGCUCAGUUGAUGAAGAAUUUGUUCUUCAUUUUGGACAAACUGGACCUGAACACACGGAAGCGUACCGUCAAAGAUGAUUCCGGCGAAGAUCGGGACGUGUUCUUCUGCGAUCCAAACAUCGAUCUGGUUCCAGUGAAGCCGAAAGAUUUUCACAUCUUCUUCAAUUUGGUCGAUCUGUAUCAGGAUCUGCUGCGUUACAACGAAGCUGUGAGGGACCAUUUCGAAGAGUGGAUUCCAGUCUAUUUCGAUUACAUGGUGAAAAAGUCCUUGAAACAUCCGUUGGUUAGUGGGUUCGUGAAGCUGAUCGAUCUGGGAUUAUUCACAGCGAAUCAUUUGACGUAUUUCGAGAGCCAGCAGAACUUUUCCAAAAUGUCAACCGUGAAUCUGUUGGUCUACUUCCUGGAACUUCAGAUCGCCAAGGCACGCAGUUCCACCGGAGAACUGCAACUCACGUGUCUUCGAUUCGUUCUGAGUGCUCCAGUAAGCUUGCUGGAUAGCUUCCUGGAUGAUUCGCAGGACCUGAUAGAGAUCCUUCGGAUUUCCUUCCAACUGGGGAAAGGUAUGCUUAGCCUGGCAAAUGCUGCGCUGUCCUGUGUCCAGCGUCUAGUUGCGGACGCUUCUCCAAUUUCAUCGGAUAAUCGUGAGCGGGUGCUGGCCAAUGUCCUUCCACUACUGGACGGCUACUUGCAAACGCGUGACAUAGCCCUACCUGCGCGGAUCAGUUCUCGACUGGCCAAGUUCCAGCGCAAACGCAGUGUCAAUCUAACCAGCAGCAAGAUUGAAAAGAUCAAACUUCAACACGCGUUGGAAAGUUCCGAAAGCGAUUUGGUCAAAUUUCAGCUGAAGGUGCUGCUGUUCUUGGGCGAGCUCGAGCCAAAUAUGUGCACGAAAAUGAUUCAGCAUUCGGACUUGGAAGACGGUCAACAGCAGGGAGGAGAACGGCCUUUGGUGUUGUGGGAUUUGGAUUCGAAUCGUAACAUAUCGUUGCAACUGCUGAGCCGGGUCGGAGUUAGACCGAUCAUCAAGCUGGAUACGAUCAUAGCGCGGGUGUGCUCCUUGGCGAUGGGAUCGAGUGAUCGUAAAACGAAGGUUGCCGCUUGCGAGCUGCUGCACGCGCUGAUUCUGUACAUCAUCGGGAUACAGUACCAAGACAAGAUGACCAAACUGUGGACCAAACUGUGCGACCACUUGCUGCAGCUCGCCACCGAUACCGACAUUGCGGUUUGUCAAAUGUUCGAACCCCUGCUGUUUCAAAUCAUUCACUACCUAACCCAGCCGUCCAAGAUAAAUCUGAAGGGUACGGAGGUGCUUGCCAACUGCCUGAUGGAAUCGAUAUCCCAUCCAAUGGACACCAGUGUCCGAGACCUGGCCGCCCGAUGCGUGCGGGAGUUUCUUCUGUGGACCAUCCGGCAGACACCGGCCGGUCAACGAAGUGCCAUGUCGUCUUCCUCGGGGGUCAAUCUUUCGGUGAUGCUCGAAAAGCUACGUACCUACAGCUUGGAUUCGAAUCCGAACCGUCGCCAGGGAGCAGCGCUUGCGUUCAACAACAUCUAUCGAAUCCUGCGUGAGGAAGAAACCCAGAUCGAACGUUGCUGGUUCGAGCUGUUCUACGUUUUCUGUAUGAACUUUGUGAUGACGGAAGAUUUUGACAGUUCGACGACCAACCUGGAGCAGGUGUCGGCCACGAUCGACCAUCUGGUUCGAGUGUUGGUUGUAAGGAAGGCUAUGUUCAAUCGAGAAAGCAGCAUCAGGAUCAUUCCCAAUGUAUUUGGGGGUGGUUUACUGAAGGACUUGGUGCUCUGGUUGUUCGGGCAGUGUAAUUCCCGUGAGUCCAGCUACCGACACAAAUGCAUGGAGGUGUUCCCGAAGUUGACGAGCUCGGUUGAUGGUUGCCGGUCGGGAGGUGAGUUCUUACAUAAGUAUAUCACCGAUCGCCAGAUUCUUGACAUCUGCGAUCACGUGGAUGUAAUUCAUGGCAUCCGGAACGCUCCGAAUUUCCUGUUUAUUGCUGAACGGAAGCUCCCUAUCAUUAUGAACGUCUACCUUUGGUUGGAGUACUUUGCCUCCAGCUUGGAUAUGUACUACUGGCUGAUCAAAAACUCGUUCCUGCAAAACGCCGAAGAGUUCUUGUCUGCAUCUACUGUGUUCACCCCGAUAGGAUUCUUCCUGUCUAACGUAGCGAAUGCAUCGAUGUUCGAACUGAUGACGGCAAUUCGCCCGGGUGUUAUUGAGGAUAGUCAUGCCAGCAUCGAGUUCCGCGUGUGCGUCGAUAAGAUCAUCAAGUACAACCUGCUCAAGUGCAUGAUCACGGUCCGAAUAGUUGAUCUACUGAGCCUUGUGCUACCACUUCGGUGCUGUCGAAGCAUUCCGGAUAUCUUUUGGGAUUCGAAUGAAGCGUCCCAAUUUGUGGUUGAUCUAAUCUAUCAACCGCAGAAGAUGGGUUUCGACUUCAAGUCAUGUCGUGAGACUAUGGAGAAGUUUCCCAAACGAGUGGAAGAUUUGCUGGGUAGGAUUGAAGGGUUUGAAAAUUUGAAGUUCAAAGAAACCGUAUAUCAGAAAAUCUCGGAGAAACUCAGCGCUUCGAUGAAGGAUCUAUCGGAUCGGAUGGAAGACUUGAUGAAGUCGGAAACGAUUGGAUUGGAAGAUUGCAAUUGUGCCAAGGGGAUACUGAUGGUGGCGAAACGAUUCGGGGUCUUCAAGCGUUACUUCAACACCCGAACUGUAGAUUUUCUGGAGGAGGCAUCGAACAAGAUUCUUCACGACGUGUUCAACGGUCUAAAGGAGCUACGAGUGGAUGAAUUGUUCGUGGUAAAUCUGGUGCCCUCGGUGAAGAGAUUUUGUUCCGUCAUACUGCGUAUUGUUCUGAUGUUCAAAUCUACGGGAACGAUGGAGUUGCUGGUGGAGUUCAUGUUCAGCGAUUGCAAGCUGCGGAUGUAUCAGCAGUCGGAGAAAUCCAUUAUUUUGCACGGUGAGCACUUUGUUAGCACGUUUGAUGAAGCCAUUUUUGAGUACGUUCUGCAGCGAUUUCCGGAUAGUUUAUCGUUGAUCGUAGCUCAGCUGAGUACUUCAAGCUUUCCAAUGAUCGUUAAGUGGUUGUGUAGCUUUUUGGAGUUUAUCUAUCAAAAGAAACGAUCCGAGAUCGGCACGUUGAAGUUGGUAAGCGAAUUCCUCCUUGGCAAAUGGAAGACCAUUUGCGAUCAAGCUUCCAACGUUGAUAACAAGUUCGGCUCGACGGAUCUACGGUUGAUCGAGUUGAUGUCCAACCUCGCAAUGGCCAGCCCAAUCGCGCUCAGUGAGAUAGGGCGUAAGGCGGUGGGAUUUGAUCGCUGGUUGUUGGCAUUGAUAGCGAACGCUCAGAACUCGCUGGAUCUCAAAUCGAAAGCCAUGUUCUUGCUACCCGCCAUGGUCGGAGAAUCUGACUUCAACUCCGCACCAGUUUCGGAAGCUCUACAGAAGAUGCAGAAUCAACACUUUCCGUUGCGAUCUUCGGAGUUUAUUGCAAACAGUGCCGAGAGGGUCAGCUUCGAAAACUGCGUUGCGGCUCUGCUCGAUGCCAUGGUAGUCUCGAGGUCUCCGGUGCUGCUCAAGGCCAUAAUCGACGCUACCGCAGCUGAUGCGGAGCAUAUAGCUGAGCAAAAAAUUCGUAGCGCACUGGAAAAGUACAUGAAGAGUCAGAACAGCAAUCAACAGUGCUUCAAUUUGAAACAGAUUUUCACCAAAUUCCUGGACGAAUCGCUGGAACCCAACAUCCGCUUGACAGUUCUGAAGCGGUAUCUGGUUUGUGCGCUGCGAGUUUGCAAUAUUGAAACGAUCUACACGUUCUACAAACUCUUCAUUAAGAACAUCAACGAGAUGAUCCGGAGCAACUACGGUCAGUUUGGGUCCGGUUGGGAGGCUGAGCAGGCCCUCGUGAAUCGCUUCGGAGGCUACCAGUUGAUUGAGCUAUACGUGGCCAUUCUUCCACGAGAUUACCUGCUAACCGAUGACUGCAUUGUUGCCAAGGCAUUGUAUGGCGAGGCUGGAAAAAUUCCAGGUAAUAAGCUGAUUACCGAUUUGACCAAAAAGGCGUACGCUGCACGAUCGGAAGUGUUCCUUACUCCCGAUUCGCCAACAGCGGAGCUGUUUAGGAAGUAUCAGUGUGCCGCAUACCGCGCCUUGGCCUCCAUCAUCAGCAAUACAAAGGACGAUCUUCAACUCUACAACGUAUUGCUGUUCCGAGAGAACGCCGAUAAAAAUGAAUUCAUCUGGAGAAAGCUGAUCAACUGCACCGAAGUUCACUUGUACGACAGCUACAGCCAAGAGCUGGACGAAUAUCCCAAAAUCAAGGAUAAAAUCGUAUCAAUCCAGCGGUUGAGUUCCACUAAUGGGCAUUCAACGGGUAAUCGCUUCAAAUAUAUCCAAAUGACCAGCGUAUUCGAAUCCUCACUCAGUCAGGACGUGACCAAACUUGAUCUGAACUAUUCCGUGGUUCGAACUACUCAAGAAGUGGCAGCAAGAGAAGCGGAAGAAUUUGCUGCCAUGAAACAGCGGCGAACUACCGUAUCCCUGGAACGUUCUAAGAUCAAUGACCACGAAGUGAUGGCAACAAUUUGUGCCGUCAUUCAGCACAUGCACGAGAACAAAAUUACACCACUUCUGGAGGGAGCCAGUGCUACUCCGCCUCCCUGGGUCAAGUUUAUAGCUGCAUCUCUGCGCGAUCAACAACAGCACAAAAAUGUGCGACUUUUCCUGACCAAGGUCAUCGAUAACUGCCGGGCGUGGUUGGAGCCAUACGCUUCUACACUAAUUCCGCCGUUGAUGCAGGUCAUCGUCGAUGAGUGUAUCGCUCCGCAAUUGAACACAUUCGUAACGGAUUUGAUCGCUCUGGUCCUGGAAUGGAGUGAUGUUUACCAACCGACCAGUAUCGAUGAAAUCAGCUUGGCAUCCGGAGUGGUAAAGUUUGUGAUGCGAAACUGUUUCCACGCUAGACGAGAGGUCUUUCGGUUAAAUUUGGAAUUGGUUAAGAGCUUAGUGGAACAGUGGAAGACAGUGAUCAGCGUACCGGUCCAGCUGCUGUACGACAUGAUUGGGCCAACUCAGGAUCCGGAAUCGAUGCAAAACAUUGGAGGUUUGCAGCUGAACGCUAUUGUUAUGGCCAAUGGUGUGGUACCGUGGACCGAGACGUCCAAGUUCGACUUCAUCCGGGCAAUCUUCAGAUGCUUGGAUUCGGAGAAAGCUGUCGUCUACAGACCUGCCUCGGAACUGUUAGGAAUGUGCCUGAGUAACUUGUACCCAAAUGGAGAGGAGCGGGAGGAGGAGAGAUAUCAGAACGAGUUCCUCGCUAAGCUGGUGGCGAUGAGGAAGCGACAGGAGAAGAAGUUCACGGACAUUAUCUACGGGAUUCAUAAGGCGUUCCCUUCGAUAGUUGAUUCGUUUUUGGCUGUCAUAACGAAUGCCAUUCCGGGGACAACUGGGUCCUCGAAGAAAAUACUGCUGGAGAUGCUGCUUUCCCGUGUGGAGGUCUUCAAGGAACAAGUACACCGGGAGUUGGUGUCCCUCGACUUGAAAGGUAUGCUGAAAGAUCGACAUUACCAGUUACUGGCUCUGCACUUGAUCAAUAAGUCGCUUUCUUUGAUGUCCGGAGAAAACCUGGAAAACUUACUAGACGGUGUAGUCACAUUGGCUGGCAACGAUCGAUCGGAGGUCCGGGACAUUGUGUACGAGAUUCUCAUUUUUGUUCACGAAAAUUCCAUUCAGCACCUGUCCGCCGAAAGUCAACAGAAGGUGAAGAGAGCCCUACUGACGGGUCUGAACGAUCCGGAACAACCGAUUCAGAACAGAAUGUUUGAAUUUUGGACAGACGAAUCUCGUUUCCCCACCGAAAUCGACAACCGUUUCCAACGCAUUCUGUCCGACCUGUACGAUGCAUCCCAGGAAGCAAACUACCUCGGUUAUGCAACCCAAAUUCUGCUCGAUUCCGCUGUAAAAAAUCCUGAAUCCAAACGGAGGAUCUUCCAGCACGAAUACGAAACCGACGUUAAGUUGAAGGAGUACGCGAUCGAUACCCGCUGGAGGCAGCGCAAUUCUUUCGCUUCCGCACCGCUGUUUGUCGAAUCGCAACAACGACUUCUUACGGCGGGUGAUGGGUCGCAAAUGGAGCGCUUGAUCAAAGCGACACAGUUUGACGCUGAGGGAGCCAUGUUCGAACCGACGCUAGAUCCUACUGUCAUGACCCAACCGGCAACCAGCUUUACACUUCCAACACAGCAUUCACUGAUGUUCGAGAUCAAUCCACCGAUCUUGGAUCGUCGAUCGAGGCGUACGGCUUCGCAGAAUACACCGACUGUAGCGAGAAGUGCCAAGUCAUACGAUAGUUUACGGAAGCGAAUUCUCAAAGACAAGGAUCGAUCAGCGCGUGAGCAAGCGCUGAGAGCUAUCGAACGACACAGUUACGAAACCGUUCGGAAAGCGGAGAGCCAUAAGAUGAAGCAAGGAGAGGUGAUCCUGUAUCGUCGGUAUCGAAUCGGAGAUUACCCCGAUUUACUUAUCAAUGGCCUAGCGUUGCUGAUGCCGUUGCAAGCUCUCUGUAGACGUGAUCCGCCGCUGGCGCGGCAGGUAUUCGUCGCCAUAUUCUCCGGUAUACUGGACGAAUGGGACCAAAAUGAACAAGAUUCACGAGAUGUGAUCGCAGCUAUAGAUAAAUCAAUUCAGAAAAUCUUCACAGAAACGAAGAGUUGUGAUCCCAACCUCUUCGGAGGGUUGAUAGAGGUGGCAAUGAUGCGUCCGAAAUUGUUCAACAUUUCGGCCGAAAGUGUGACAACUGUUGCCAGUGGAGCUAACAUGAUGACGAUGGGGGUUCUGUAUCUGGAGAGUAAGUUGCAUGAGUACGAGUUCCCAGAACAGUCGAUAAGUUCUCGGUCGUCGUCAGUCACUCUGGAAGCGCUACAUUGGAUCAAGCUGGCUGAAUUGCAUCAUUCGUUGAGCGAGUUUGACAUUCUAGGCGACGUUUUCUCCGAUAAGAUGGACAGUGACCCACGAUUGAAGGAAGCUAUUGACCUGGAGAACAGCGGAAACUUCUACAAGGCUCGGGAACUCUAUCAUCAAAUGAUACGGGACAACCAGACGCGAGUUGCGGAGCAAAAUUUCUGCUACCAGUCGUACUUUAAUUGCUACGCUCAGAUGGGAAUGUGGGAAGAUUUGGUGCCAAUCUUGGAACGACAGGUGGAUGGCAACACGGAGGAGUUCUGGACAGACGAGUGGAAUUUGGAGAACAUCAUGCCCAAGUAUGUCCAUUCGAAUACCCGGCUGAAUCUGGCGGGCGAUGAACGAGGACGUGGUUUCAUCGCUUUGCUGGAAAUGUGGAUGCGUGCUCCGGAUCGGAUGGAUUACAUCAAAUCAAACUUUGGGGAGGAGAUUUCCAUGCUGCAAAUCGCCAGCGGCGAAUACUCCAGGGCAAAGCUGUAUUCGAAUCAGGUGAUGCGUCAGUUUUUGGAAGAGUGGAGUUAUCUGGAUGUCCUGUCGGAUAAACUACGAGUGCAGAAACUACUGGACAUUCGGAAAGUAUCGGAGGUGUAUGCAUUCAGUAAUCUUUUGAGUAAUCGGUUGGAGGAGAGACAGCUGAAGAAGCUUGUUUCCAAUUGGCGUAGCUCAUUCCCGACGGCUUCGGAUUCCUCCCUGAUUUGGGAUACGUUACUGGUGUAUAGGAAAUUUGCGUUGAACAAGUUGGAGACUCUGUUGGAAGCAUCGUCAGACGAUCGGUUGCUACAGUCUGAUUUCGUGAAGGAAUUGACGGAUGCGAUCUUCGAAACAGAGUUGCGACUUUUGGAUGCUUCCAUUGGGCAGAAUAACAGCCGACUUGCUCGGAAGAUCGUUAAACGGCUAGAGAUGGUGGCGGAAGAGCAAAGCGAACGAGGCUACAGGUGGAGGAUCGCGAAGCUUAAGUUGCGGCGGAUUGGCGACGCGGAGAUAGGAGGCGAUCCGGCUACCAGUCUUCAACGGAUGACUGGCACUUUCAAGCGUAUGGAAGCGUUGGUGGAGGAGGAUGGUUUGGGAAGCUACAGAACCGUUAAGAUGGCUGGACUGCAUGAGUUGUUUGCGGUGACGGAAGCCUUGAGAGGAGUUGUCCAGCAGAAUCCGGAGAUUGAUGUGGAAAGUUUGAGGAGUGUGUUGACAGGUGGAGAUCAAGGUUCUGUAGACGUUCAUCUAGGGUCAUAUUCCAGAGAUUGCCUGCAGAAAUCGAUCGAGGUGGUGAGUGAGGACUUGUUCGAAGACAGUACUGCUCAAUCGGUAGAUGCGACGCUGUUGGCCGACUGCCACUUCAAGUUGGCCCAGUUUUGCUACGAUGGACUUGAACGGGAAGUUCUCGGCGAGACCCAGGACCUGGAACGCCAACUGAUCACCGCCCUGCUCGCAUCGAUGCAGUACGGCUCCAAACCGGCUCGGCAGCUGUUUCCCUGCUUGCUACAACUUCCUUUCCUGCAGGACGGAUCUCUGAACCAGUGUUUCAUCGAAGCCUGCAGCACCGUUCCGGAGUGGAUGUUCCUACGGUGGAUUCCGCAAAUCUUGUCCUUCGUUAAUUUCUCGUGUGACCAAUCCUUUUUGGAAAACCUUCUAAUUCGUAUCGCCACCAGCUAUCCGAUGGCACUGUACUAUCCGGCAAAACUAAACUUCCGACGGCAUCAAACCCGUUCUGAAGGCAAUAUUAGCCCUUUCGCAAACCGUUUGAUGGCAUUACUCGAAAUCCCGAAGCUAGACCAUUUCGUCAGCAAGCUGACCCAGGUCGUCAUUCCUUCUGUAAAAGUAUUAAAGAUUAUCACCGACGUCCGAAUGGCACGGUGCGGUUCAAACGAAGAAUACCACAAGCUUGUAACUGAUUUAAUGCGAGAAGCCUUCCCGGAGGAUUCACCAGAUCUGGGACGGGAACACCAGAAGCUUAUUCGAUUCAAAACGCAGUGGUUGAAGUUGUUGGAAUUCGAUUACGAAAAUCAAACCCAGGAAAUUCACCAGCAUCUGGACCAUAUGAAGGAUAAAAUGAACGGGUUGAUACCGGAGCAAUCUACGCUAGAACUGGCCAAGUAUUCACCUUGGUUGGCUGCUUACCACUUCAGCGAACGAGAAGAGAUGUUGGAGCUGCCCGGUCAGUACAAUGUAGAUCACAAACCGAAUGUGUGCAACCACGUGAAGAUCGUGAAGGUUUGCGCAGAGUUGGAGAUGUUCGUUUCGCUGCGAAAGCCUAUUCGGAUCAGAAUCAAUGGAAGCGAUGGUAAAUCGUACGAUUUUCUGGUGAAGUACGGGGAAGAUUUGCGGCAGGAUCAACGAGUUCAACAACUGUUGUGUACGAUUUCGAGUCAGCUUUCGUUGGAUCGUCACUGCAAGGAGCACCAGCUGUCCGUGAGGACGUAUGAAGUAAUUCCGAUCCGAACGGACUUUGGUAUUAUCGGAUGGCUGCCGAAUACAUCGUCUAUUAAGAGCAUAGCCGUGCGAUCAAUGGUUCGGUUUAAUCCGGAUGGGGAUGUUGCCAGAGCGAUAGAUGCCGAAUUCAAUAGGUUUUUGCUAGAGACGGCCGGGUUGACGGGAAACCCAGCACCUCCGUUGUCGGUGUUGUACGGGAAGGUUGCAGUUGCCAGCACUCCUGAGAGGAUUGCACUCAAAUUCAACGAACUACGGUACAAAAUCAAGGAGGACACCUUCAAACGGGCUUUGUUCGAGAUGGCCGUUUCGGCAGAAUCAUUUUAUAGUCUCCGGGCAAACUUCGCCAAAAGCCUGAUGGCAAUGAAUGCCUCCUGUUGGAUCCUGGGCAUAGGCGAUCGACACACGUCAAAUGUGGUGAUCGAUCGUAGCAAUGGAAAGGUGGCCGGGAUCGACUUUGGCAUUGCAUUCGGCGCCGGAAUAAGGGAUCAAGCAAUUCCAGAAAUGGUACCCUUCCGGUUGACGCCUCAGUUUGUCAACGUUAUGGAACCGAUGCGAACGUCCGGCCUAAUGCAUAAGUGUAUGGUUUAUACCAUAGCUUGCCUGCGGGAGUCACGCAAGCUGUUGAGAUCACGUCUGGAGGUGUUUGUGCGAGAGCCAACGUUGGAUUGGUUGGAAGCGGCCCAGCGGAGGAUCGUCCGAGAGGAGAACAAACCAACGUUGACCUGGGAUCCUCAAACGCGGAUCAAUAUCGCCAUUCGGAAGUUGAAUGGAGCUAAUCCGAAGGUUUUGAUUGCGGAAGAUCUUCGUCUCGGACAGGUGGGUGGCAAUCAGGAGACUUUUAACGGGUAUUUGAAGAUGCUUCGACUGGAUGAUCCUCGGUUGGAAUCGGGUAAUCUGACGGUCGAACAGCAGGUGCAGUGCUUGUUGAAAACGGCCACCAGCGGGUCCAUUCUGGGUAUUACCUACGCCGGGUGGUUUCCGUGGUUCUAGAGUAUUGACUAGUUUUAGUUUUAUUAUAUGUAAGCUUUCUUUGUAAUA